AGCGUAAAACAAGGUUUACACGGAUUUCAAAAAGUAUAUUACCAAACAAAAUGAUUAUCUACGAAUUGGUGACAGACCACAAAUUCACCAAGGUUGCCGAGUUUUUGCAAGAACAUUUCUUCAAAUAUGCACCUCUCGGGCUGGCUCUAGGAUUGACCCAGUCCCAGGUUCAGAGAUGGUUUGCCCCCUUCAUUCAAGCGAUCUUGAACUAUUCCGAUCCCGUCUCUUACGUAGCCAUGGAUGAGGCUGGGAACAUAAUCGGCGUACUCGUGGGUGUCGUCGAGGAUCCAGAUAAGCCAUAUCCACUACCAACGAUGAGAGAAUACCUCGACGCGACCAAAGAGCCAGUCAUGCUGCAAAUCGUGACUUUACUCGAACUUUGCAAGAAGGUUUGGACAUCCGGGUAGAACUUGGUCAACCAGCAACUGCAAAAGUUUACACGGGACUUUUCCUCUCGGUGGCUGAUGGAUGGAAGGGCUACGGAGUUGCGACAAAACUUUUCUCAAUGGGGAUUGAGAAAGCGAAGGAAAUUUCAGGAUGCACUAUUGCUAUUAACGAGUGCACAUCGGAGAUCACGUGUAAAAUGUCCUUAAAAGAGGAGCACAAGAUGGUGAGGGAGCUCGAGUAUGCAAAAUAUACGGAUCCGCAAACCGGGGUGCAUAUUUUUGAGGGGAAAGAAGCUGGAUUGGGAUACAAUACACAUGCAAGACUUAUGGCAAAACUUUUGUAAAUUCGAGUAUUACUAACACCACUAUACUGAGGUUGAUGACGACGAUUUGUAGUUUUGUACCUAGUCGUUUGUAUGGUUUUGUAAUAUAAAUAUAAAUAUAAUUCAUCUUUGGAUAUAAAUAAUUAUUAGCAUCUAGAGCCAGACUAUGCUACCAAAGGGAUAAAUGUUGGCAAAUGGCAGAGGCAUCAUCAACUUUCUCCGUUCCGUAUGAAAAAUAGACCUCAUACUGACGUUGCAUGAAAACAUGUAACAAAUAUAUGUACGCACAUACAUGAAAUCAAUUCUUGCAAUCUAUUCUGUUCAUUAUGCAUGAUGAAUUUCUCUGCAAUUCAUAUAAUUGUAAGCUGUACAUAAACCAAUAAAAUUAUAUUUUGGAGUUGGGCAA